GUGCCAGCGAGGGCUCUCGCCAAUCCUGCAAAGUCAGUUGGCACUUAUUCGGAACCUCCAGCCGUACCCCGAUUCCACUCACAAUGCGUUUUUCCAUCCUCCCUUCGCUCGUCGCUCUGGCAGCGAGCCCCCUCGCACUCGCUCAAGUAUACGUCGUGACCGACAACAGCCAGCAAUUCGACAACCCUAGCUCCUCCGUCGACACGCUCGCCUGCGCAGCCUUCCUCCAGGAUUACCAGACCAUCGGCAACAUUCCCGGAAACCUCGCGGGCUUCUCGAACGUCACCAGCGACAAAUCGCUCUGCGACCACUGCGUCACUUUGGGUUGGCAGGGCAGGGAGGUCGUUGUGUGGAUCGUGGAUACGUCGCCGGAGGAAGGCUUCGAGGUUACCGAGGGAGCGUAUGAGCAGUUGGUUGGGGGCCCGCUCCUCCCGGGGGUGUACCAGGCGGAGAUCGUGUCGGGGCCGCACAGUUGUGUGGCACCGGUACCGGGUAGCGGAUGAUGCAUGACAUCCGAGAGUAGGCCAUAUGUGUCAUGAAUGGACUGAUACGAUCCGCACCUUAGUUUUAUCCUCUUGCACGGACGCCUGUGCUGAACACACUUCUUUGGGACGUCCUAAUCAUAAGCCAAUAUCCAGUGUUUUGCUUCGCACCUUGAUUGCAUUUCCUCGCACGAUGACAUGAGCACAAUAUGACACUGUGAAAUGUCCAACCCACGAGCAGCAUCGUGAUUCUUUCACUUGCUAAGCCCUACUUGGAAUACACCGAGUCAACAUCCG